UUUCAGCAUUUAAGCAGAUGUUUUAAUCUAGUUAAGGAGUCAUCAUGAGGUCCUGUGGAGUCAUGGAUAUCUUACAGUCAUGGAACCUGGUAGAAUCUGAAAUGGAGGAUGACACACUGGAGGAGGAUAGCUGCAGCAUUUACCCGGCGGUGCUGCCCACUGGAACUGAAAUCCGAGCCCGGGUACAUCGCUUUGUGGAGGAACAGAUGCAGGCCACUAUGUGGACUGGUGCUCUACUUGGGGCUGCAGUGGUCAUCUCCGCCAUUGGCAUAAUCGUGUGUUUACUGUACAGAAGACGGAAGGCUCAGCAAGAGCAAGCAGGAGUGCCUCAUUAUCGCUUCAGGAAAAGAGACAAAGUGCUUUUCUAUGGCCGUAAGAUUAUGAGACAAGUGCAGACUCUGUCCUCUCCUCCCUCCAAUGAUCCAGUGUCCCGACAGCGCACUCGCAAGAGAACCAAAGUCCUUUCGAUAGCACGCAAGUUUCUGCGUAUCCGCAGUGCGCCCCCAACCCUUCAGCCCAAAGAGCCUCCUCCCUCGGUUCUGGAGGCUGACCUAACUGAGUUUGACGUCCAGAACUCUCACCUGCCCUCCGAGGUCCUGUACAUGCUCAAGAACGUCAGGCUUCUGGGUCACUUUGAAAAGCCUCUGUUCCUGGAGCUGUGCCGCCACAUGGUGUUCGUGGAGCUGCAGCAGGGGGAGGGCCUCUUCCGGCCCGGCGACAUGGACGACAGCAUCUACGUGGUGCAGACUGGACGCCUGGAGCUGCACAUCCACGAGACCGAUGGCACAGAUCCGGUGGUGAAGGUGGUCCUGCCAGGAGACAGCGUCCACAGCCUGCUCAGCAUCCUGGACGUCAUCACCGGCCACGCUGCCCCUUACAAAACAGUGUCUGCCCGAGCUGCUGCUCCCUCCACCAUCCUGCGAUUGCCUGCGUCCGCCUUCAUCUCCGUCUUUGAGAAAUACCCAGAGACUCUGGUCCGAGUCAUUCAGAUCAUCAUGGUGCGCCUGCAAAGGGUGACGUUCUUGGCUCUGCACAACUACCUGGGCCUGACCCAGGAGCUGUUCAACCCAGAGAGCCAGGCCAUCCCGCUGGAGUCGGUGGCCAGUGUGCUGGGGGAGGCCCUUCCGGGCAGGGGCCUGCGUAGGCAGUCACAGACCCCCAGCGCAGACGAGAUAGCCAUGAGAGAGAGGGUGGCCACCAAGCCUGCGGAUCCACCCAACGACACAGAGAAUGUCAAACAUUCACCAUCGGACAGCCCAUCUUCCAUGUUCAAGAAGUCUCGCUCCCGCUCCCUCUCCUCCCCUGCAGACACCUGCAACCUAGAGGCAGCUGUUGACAGCAACAAAGUGUUUGAACGUCCCAUACUGGUAAAGGAGGAUUCUUCUGCAAGUUCUGUCGCUAACAAGAACGUCCGGAAGAAGAGUGUGACCAUGCAGACCUCGCCCUCGGCUGUGUUCCAUUACUCCACAAGCAGCCCCUCAGGCCACGUCCACCACAGCAAAAUCAACAUUAUCUUCCAAGCGGCCAAGAAAGACCUGCUCAAGGUCAUCCAGCUCCAGGACACCAGCUUGCUGGAGGGAAGGGUGUCUCUGAGACAAGUCAAAGCAGGCACUCUGCUCGCCAGUCAGGGUGACCAGGAUGUGAGCGUGCUAUUCAUCAUUUCGGGAACGCUGCACGUGUACCAGCGCACGAUCGACCGCAACGAGGACAGCUGCCUGUUCGUGGCGCACCCUGGGGAGAUGGUGGGUCACCUGGCCGUGCUGACCGGCGAGCCGCUGAUCUUCUCCGUGCGGGCCCUCCGUGACUGCAGCUUCCUCAGCAUCUCCAAGGCCCACUUCUACGAGAUCAUGCGGGAGGAGCCGCGGAUGGUGCUGAACGUGGCUAACACAGUGGUGCGCAGGGUCUCCCCCUUUGUGCGCCAGAUUGACUUUGCCCUGGACUGGAUGGCCGUGGAGGCCGGCAGGGCUGUCUACAGACAGGACGAUGAGUCCGACAGCACGUUUAUUGUUCUGAGUGGACGCCUGCGCUCCGUCAUCAUGAAGGACGAUGGGAAAAAGGAGCUGGCAGGAGAGUACGGCCGUGGUGACCUCAUCGGCGUGGUGGAGGCGCUCACGCACCAGAGGCGGGCCACCACGGUGCACGCCGUCCGCGACUCAGAGCUGGCCAAGCUGCCUGAGGGGGCACUCAACUCCAUCAAGAGGUCCUACCCACAGGUGGUGACUCGGCUCAUCCACCUCCUGGGCCAGAAGAUCCUGGGGAACAUGCAGCAGCCCAACGGGCCCCUGGCAGCUCACGGGCUGGGCCUCCAGACUCGGGCCAGUAAGUGGGAUACGAACCCAGCCUCCAACCUGUCCACCGUCACCAUUCUGCCUGUGUCCGACGAUGUGCCCCUGACCACCUUCGCCCUGGAGCUCCAGUAUGCCCUGAUGGCCAUAGGGCCCACGUUACUCCUCAACAGUGACACCAUCAGGCAUCAGCUGGGUGCCGCAGCACUGGACAGUGUGCACGAGUACCGUCUGUGCAGCUGGCUGGGUCAGCAGGAGGACAUCCACCGCAUCGUGCUCUACCAAUCGGACGACACUCUGACGCCCUGGACCCAGCGCUGCCUGCGGCAGGCCGACAGCAUCAUCAUCGUGGGCCUGGGAGACGGCGAGCCCACUGUCGGAGAGCUGGAGCGUAUGCUGGAGGGCAGUGCGGUGCGGGCCCAGAAGCAGCUGGUGCUGCUGCACCGUGAGGACGGCCCUCCGCCCAGCGGCACGGUGGAGUGGCUCAACAUGCGGAGCUGGAUCUCCAGGCACCAGCACCUGGUCUGCCCACGCCGCGUCUUCUCCAAGAGGAGCCUGCCCAAACUGCGGGAGGUGUACAACAGAGUGUUCCAGAAGCCGGCCGACCGCCACUCUGACUUCUCCCGGCUGGCGAGGGUUCUGACGGGCAAUGCCAUCGCCCUGGUGCUGGGCGGCGGCGGUGCCAGGGGCUGCUCCCAGGUCGGGGUCAUCAAGGCCAUGAUCGAGGCUGGGAUCCCCAUAGACCUGGUGGGGGGCACCUCCAUCGGCUCCCUCAUGGGGGCGCUGUACGCCGAGGACAAGAGCACCAGUCGCAUGAAGGCCCGGGCCCGUGAGUGGUCUAUGGAGAUGACCUCCAUGUUCAAGAAAAUUCUCGACCUGACCUACCCAGUGACCUCCAUGUUCUCGGGGGCCUCCUUCAACAAUGGCAUCAGUGCAAUCUUCAAAGGCAAACAGAUUGAGGAUAUGUGGCUGCCAUACUUCAAUAUCACCACAGACAUCACCGCCUCUUGUAUGCGGGUGCAUACUGAUGGCUCUCUCUGGAGGUACAUUCGUGCCAGCAUGUCCCUCUCUGGCUACCUGCCACCCCUCUGCGACCCCAAAGACGGCCACUUACUCAUGGACGGAGGUUACAUCAACAAUCUGCCAGGUGGUGAUUGCCAUCGAUGUCGGGAGCCGCGACGAGAGGGACCUGACCAAUUAUGGUGACGCCCUGUCUGGCUGGUGGCUGCUGUGGAACCGAUUCAACCCCUUCUCACAGGGCAUCCGGGUGUUGAACAUGGCGGAGAUCCAGACGCGUCUGGCCUACGUGUGCUGCGUGCGUCAGCUGGAGUCGGUGAAGAGCAGCGAGUACUGCGAGUACAUCCGGCCGCCCAUCGACC